UGAACCCCAUUAUUGACCUUUGAAUGAGUUUUGGGAGUUUAUGCUUUGUGAACUGCAUCAAACAUCCUUAUGGACCUCAUGUCAUGUUUAUUAUUUUAUGUUGAGCUUGUAACCAUUUGAUGCCAAUGUAAAUUUUAUGUUUUGAAUAAAUAUCUAAGUUGUCCAAUGUUCUCUUUUGUAUUCAGGCUCUUCAGCUAAAGCCCUUGUAAGUCUAAGAGAAGGAAGUUUGUCUAAUACUCUAAAUGAGAAGAACAAUUUAACAAAAUCUCAGACCACCAGAGGAAGGAGCAGCUACGUUUCUAUGGAAACGCCGACAAGGAGCUCAAAGAGGAGUCGGCUGUCAUGUGAGGAUGAGGAGCGGCCGCUCUCCUCGAGAUCUCCCAGGAGGAGCCAGAGGGUCACCACUGUGCCUCAGAAACUCGGAAACAUCACAACACCAGAUAAAAAGGCUUCACAGAAAAUUGGACUGAGACUAAGAAAUCUGCUCAAACUGCCCAAGGCGCACAAAUGGUGCAUCUAUGAAUGGUUCUAUUCAAAUAUUGACAGGCCUUUAUUUGAAGGAGACAAUGACUUCUGCCUGUGUCUUAAGGAGUCUUUUCCUAAUCUAAAGACAAGGAAGUUGACCAGAGUGGAAUGGGGAACAAUCAGAAGACUUAUGGGCAAACCUCGCAGAUGCUCCUCAGCUUUCUUUGCUGAAGAACGAAUGGCUCUGAAACAGAAGAGGCAGAAGAUGCGUCUCCUGCAGCAGAGGAAAAUCACAGAUAUGUCUCAAUGCAAAGACCUGCCAGAUGAGAUUCCUUUGCCCUUGGUCAUUGGGACUAAAGUUACAGCUCGUCUUAGGGGUGUCCAUGAUGGCCUGUUUACUGGACAGAUUGAUGCAGUCGAUACCAGUGCAGCAACGUAUCGCGUCACAUUUGACAGAAAUGGGCUCGGCACACAUACAGUUCCUGACUAUGAAGUGCUUAGUAACGAACCUCACGAGACAAUGCCCAUAUCUGCUUUUGCUCAGAAACAGCGCCCACCUCGUUUCCAGAGCUUUCUGACCCCACCGCGUGGGUCUUAUCCUGGCUCGACACAGUCCAUCUUAAUGGACAGUGAUCCUCUGUUUAGUCAGUCCCCUUGGAAAACCAAACUGACAGGAACUGAUGGAGAGACACUGGGUGGAUUUCCUGUCAAAUUUCUUGUACAAGUGACACGCCUGUCCAAAAUCCUCAUGAUUAAAAAAGAACAUAUAAAACAUUUGAAAGAGAUGAAUACAGAAGCUGAAAAAUUGAAGUCUUAUUCCAUGCCAAUCGGUCUGGACUUGCAGAAGAGAUAUGCCACGACAGUGCUAGAUCUGGAACAGCUUAAUAAAGACCUCAACAAAGUCCUGCAUGAAGUCCAGCAGUUUUGCUAUGAACUGGCCCCAGAUCAGGGCAUGCAGCCUGCAGAUCAGCCCAGCGAGCUGCGAAGGCGCUGUGAAGAAGAGUCGCAGGACGUUGUGCGGCAAACUAACGCAAUGCAUGAUGGAGAACAGCGUGUCCAAAGCCCUGGCCUCACCCAGCUUGUCUCCCGUCUCACAGCUCUCCUGCUGCAGAUCAGGUGUUUGGCCGAAGGGGGUGACUUGAAUUCAUUUGAAUUCAAAUCACUGACAGACUCUCUUAAUGACAUAAAGAGUUCGAUAGAUGACUCUAACGUCAGCUGUUUUCAGGACAAUGUGGAGAUCCAUGUUGCACACAUACAGAGUGGGCUAAGCCAGCUGGGAAACCUCCAUGCCUUUUCUGCCAACAACACCAACAGAACGUGACUGAAAUAAAAAAAAUACUCACCACCCCGGAGUCCAAUAUCAAACACAGCAGCUUACCUCUUCCUGCCCACUAUGUUUGUUCGUCUUGUUUGUUCUGUUUGACAUGUUAUACGAGGUCAGAAUGUGUGUUCAAUAACUGUACUAGUUAAAAGUCCAUGCCUAAAGGCACUAAAUUGUCUUGGGUGAAAAUGUUCAACUGCAUGUGUGAUACAGAAAAGUGAGGCAAAAAAAAGUUUGUUUUCUGAAGACAAUUGUGUCAUUUCAGUUGUUGCUCACACUCAUCUUAAUAUAUUUAAGGUUCCCUUAUUUUUAUUGCUGGUUUCCAAUUGGGGUGAAUGCCAAAUGACACUCCUCAUCGGUGCAGUUUCUAUUUGUUUGUUUAAAACAAUGUUUUGCAUUACAUUUUAUUCCUUCUCUCUGAACUUUGUAUUUUAAAGGGAUAUUACCCCCCAAAUGAAAAUGUAAUUUGCUCACCUUCAUGUUCCUAAACCGUAUGACAUUCUCUUUUGUGGAACACAAUAGAAGUCAAUGAUGACUAAAGCGAACAUUCUGCCCACAACUUGUGUUACACAGAACAAACAAAGACAUACAGGUUUGGAAAAGGGGGUGAACUAUCCCUUUAACUUUGAGUUUCCCAGGAGAGGAGUCACUGUUCCAUUUUAAACCUGCUCUGUCUGUUUUAAAUAUGUACAUUGUAGAUAAUUGUACAGUUCACUCAAAAUAUAUCAAAAAAAUCUGUCAUAUAUAUAUAGGGUAAUGUGGACAUUUUUGGACUUGCAGAUGUAGGUAUUUUUGUAAAGCAGCCAAUCUGUUCUUACAAGUCCUGAAAUAGGCAGCUGUGCCCACUAAAACAGUUUGUCUUGUCCUUAAAUUAUAUUGCCCCACUGGUGUGUUUUUAAAUUCAUUAGCUUUGUUUUUUACUUGUAGGUGUAUGCAUGAUACAAAACAUUUGUAAAUAAAUUGUUGAUUUCUAUUAUGCAUAAAAGGCUCUGAGUUUGUAUUUUGAGGUUUAAUAGACAUCUUUAUUAUAGACAUAGAAUGUUAUUCAUGUCUCCUUUAACCACAAUCAAGAUGAGACAUAUUUUGUGAG